AUGAGCAACGUUUCCUUAGAAAAUCAUCCGAAAAAUGAUCACGUUGAUCCUUCUGCCACUGGCAAAGCGGCUGCGCGAAGGAAGAUCCGACCCACUUAUUCAUGCUUAAACUGUCAUAAACGCAAAGUCAAGUGCAACCGAGUCAAACCGUGCGGUGCUUGCUGUCUACGGGGAACGCCCUCAGAAUGUGACUAUGGCACCAGCAAGCGAGAUCGACAAUAUAUUCAACAGGCUACGCUCAUUGAUAAUCUGCUACGCUCCUGUGAGACUCUCAAACAGCAAUUAGCCGAGGCUCGCCAGCUAGCCAAUGUUUCUGUCCCCAAGGCCGAGGAAGGGUCUAAAUUGCACCAAAUAUCACUUGAUAGGGGACGGGGUUGGCCAAGUUCUGAUGACGAUGAUCUUGUUGAGGGUGUGGAUGUGUCUUUGGGUGAUAGUGAGCAACCAUCUUGGGUUCGCCUUGCUGCUAAGGUAUUCGGUGAAGAUCUUGAUGGCAAAGGAGGACGACGAACUCGAGUUACUCUAGAGUUCUUCAUCGAACGCUUGGUCGACAAUUUCAGUCCGAUCAAUGUCAGCGGGACAAUCGCCCUACGUGAGGCCAAGGAAAUGCGAAUACUCUCGCCCAUUCUCUCUAAAGCUUUUGAAGCAGCAUCCUUGACAUUCGCCGGGCAACAAUAUUCUAACAAGGCUCUUGAGGUAGCGGGUCAUGUCAGGUAUAUAAAAGUACUACACCUUUUACAGGCUGCAUUGAAUGACCCUGAGGGCAAUCAAUCGACCGAGGUCUUACUGGUUGUCUUACUGUCUACUAUCAUUGAGGCUUUCAAACAAACCUCUGUCACUUCUAUAUUUCGACACCAGCUGGGGGGCUUGGCGCUGAUGAGGGCACGAACCCCUUAUCGCCACCGGCAUGGGAUCGAGAGAUCCCUAUUUGUAGACUUGCGUCUAUACUGGGUUACUGCUGCGUUGGUCAACCGGCAGCCAACAUUUUUAUCCUCAAGUGAAUGGCUAACCGUGCCCUGGUCGGGCGACGGACCAUCGAAGGAUAUCCUUCAAAGACUGCUAGACGUUGCGGUUCAUAUACCAGGCUAUCUCGCGCAGAUCGACGACUUUCAACUGGCGUUGAGGGAAUCAGCUGUCCCGACAUCUGAGCUAGUCCGCAUGCAGUCCGCCAUUCGGGUGCGGGCUCUUCAAUUGCAAGACAUGCUCCAGGAGUGGAAGCACACCUAUGCCGAUACCUACGAAGGAGGUGGGCCGCACGAGGAGCCCAGCUUCGGGUCCGGUCGUGACAGACUCAACGGCGAGCACAGUUUCCCCGUGUUCCGAUAUCGUGAUCCCAGCACGAUGCAGAUCACCGCGGCCACCAACCUGGUCUACCCGGACUUGUUGCUUGCCACCUUGAUGUGCUACUACUGGGCCUUGAACCUCGUGAUCUCUGCGACCGACACGGGACUGGUCGGCGUGCUUGGCCUGCAGGAGCGCUACCAGUACGCCUGCAACAUCUGCCGCAGCAUGAAGUACUAUGCGGAGACGGUCCCAGGAUGCUUAGUGUCGCGGAUCAUGUUCGUGCUCCGCACGGCGUUUGACAGUUUCCCCGACGGCAUGGUGGAGAAAGAGUCGAUGUCGGAACUGUUUGCAUACAUCGGCCGCCGAUUCGCAUUCCCCGUCUUUUCAAACCAGUGCACCUCAUCGUCGGUGAGGGCGGAAGGGAAGUAA